AUGGCAGCAAUAGAUAUUGCAAUCCUGUUUGUAGCUUUCACAAGUCAUUUUACCCUAACCAUGAGCACCACCAUGGUUGCACUUGCACCUGCCAUCCCCAAACCUAAGCGAUUGGUCACCAAACUAAUUCAUCGCGACUCCAUCUUUUCUCCCCGUUAUAAUGCUAACGGCACCAUUGCUGAUCGUGCAAGACGUGCUAUGGAAACUUCAGUUGCGCGUUUUGUUCAGCUAGCAAUCAUGGACAGUGGCAGUAGUUUUCUAUGGAUCAAGUGUCUUCCUUGCAGUCCUUGUUCAAGCAAAUCACCUAUUUCAAUUUUUGAUCCUAGGAAGUCUCUCACUUAUUCUAGCAUGUCAUGCAGGAGAUAUAGGUGUAACCAUUCCAAAUGCAACUCCUAUAAUGAAUGUACUUACAAUAUAACAUAUGUUCGAGGUCCUGGAUCGACCGGGAUCUACGUUUUUGAACAACUUUCCUUCGAGACGAUAGACGACACGAAGAUUGUGGUGCCAAGGGUACUUUUGGGGUGUGGUCGAAAUCUUGAAGUUGAUAAAGGUCAAUACAAUGGAGUAUUUGGACUUGGAGUUGGCAGAGAGACAUCUUUGAUAACUCAAUUAGGUUCUCAAUUCUCCUACUGCGUUGGUAAUAUAAUGGAUCCUCAUUAUCCUUACAACCAGCUAUCCUUGGGUGAUGGAGCAAUAAUGGAAGGUGAUUCAACACCUUUAGAAAGCAGCUAUGGCCGCUAUUACGUAACACUUGAAGGAAUUAGUAUAGAAGGUAAACUGCUAGAGAUAGACCGUCGUAUUUUUGAAAGGACAGCCAUGGUUGAUAAUGGAGUGAUCCUUGAUUCAGGAACUACAUAUACUUGGCUAGCCCAAGAUGCAUAUAAUGCACUUAGCGAAGAAGUUCGAAGUCUCUUCAGAGAGAUGCUACAACGGUACAAAGGCAUGCCAAACCAGCUGUGCUACAUUGGGAGUGUGAGGGAGGAUCUUAGCGGGUUCCCGGCAGUAACUUUCCAUUUUGCGAAUGGAGCACAAUUAGUGCUCGACACCCAAAGUAUGUUUCUUCACAUAGCUCCAAGAGUGUUUUGCCUGGCCAUAGGUUCUAGUGCUGUCAAUGGAGACAACUCCAAAAAUUUGUCCGUCAUUGGAAUGAUGGCCCAACAGAACUACAAUGUGGGUUACGACAUUGGUCAAAACAAGUUGUACUUCCAAAGAAUUGAUUGUGAGCUUCUUGAGGACUAG